UUCUUCCUUCAAACACUGAAGAGCGAUUUUCGCGGGAAUGCAAAAAUGUCAACAAACAGUGGAAGACCACGCCGAAAAUGUGUUUCUGUCUCUUUUGUUGGGGAUGACGAUGUAAUAGGGCACAUUUAUGAUGCCAGUCAGGGAAAGAAAGCAAAACCUAGAAACAGAUUAUCUUUACAACAUAAAAGGAGAAGUCAGUUAAAAUACACAGAAGAUAUAGAAAUCAUUGAAAGAAGUGAUAGUGACAGCAAUGAGGAAAAUAUCCCUUCAGCAGUGUUUGGGGAUAAUGAAGAGGAAAAUCAGGUUGCUGGGAGUGAUUUGUUUCAGUUUAAAACUCCAAAAAAGUCAGGAAGUAUGGCACAAAAAGCAUCUGAGGCAAGAACACCAAAGACUCCAAAGUCCAUUCUGAAGAGCAGCAGGAAGGGAUCUGAAAGUAGGACUCCACAAAAAGGGGAAGGAACUCCUACUAAGGGAUUACAAGUUAAGAAGAAAGGGAGGAAACCAGAGGCUACAACACCAUUUAAGCUCCGGAAAAGAGCCGAAUAUAUCUGUGAUGAUAUUGAUGUGGACUCGGACUCAAGUGAUACUGACAGUGGGGAGGGGGAAAGUGACACAGAAACAACCAAAGUCCCUCCUACCACCCCGAGGUCACGAAGAAAGAUUCAGGAGGCAGCUGAUAUGCCUCAUAUGGUAGAAGAAUACUUUGACUUGCAUUCACAAGGGGGGAUGUCAAUGGUAACAUCGGACAGAACUCUAGCAAAGCUGGGGUCAACAAAGAUGGACCAGGACUCGCUGAACGAACUUCUGAAAAGGAUCCCAAGCAAGCACAGCAGUGAAUGUAAACAAAUGUAUGAGGAACACAGAGAGCUCUUCUCCAGGUGGAUGUUUCACAUGUGCAAUGGAUACAAUAUAUUGUUACAUGGUCUGGGCUCCAAGAGAACUUUGAUUGAAGACUUCAGAAGAUCUGAACUAAAAGAUGUAGAUCAUAUUGUUGUUAAUGGGUAUUUUCCAAGUCUGACCAUUAAACAUAUUUUGAAUACUAUAAUUGAUGAUAUACUAGAAGUAGAGGGCAGCCACAGAAGUCCUCUGGAUCAAGUAGAUUUCAUUAAAUCACAGUUUGAGACAAAAGAUUACAGGGAUUUCUUCCUCAUUGUACAUAAUAUUGACGGGGUAAUGCUGCGUCCGGAGAAAGUUCAGAAUAUUCUAAGUUUGUUGAGCCAGAUUAGAGGAUUCCAUAUUAUAGCUUCCAUUGACCACAUCAAUGCUCCACUUAUAUGGGACCAGACAAAGUGCAGUCGAUAUUGCUGGCUGUGGUACGAUGUCACCACGUACUUACCAUACACUGACGAGACUUCCUACGAGAACUCGCUUCUGGUGCAGCAGACAGGUGCCCUCGCUCUCAGUUCUAUGUCUCACGUAAUGAAGAGUUUAACCACUAACGCUAAACAGAUAUUUAUACUGCUGGCCAAACACCAGAUGGAGAACAAAGAUAGUGGUACCUAUAUAGGUAUGUCCUUACAAGACCUUUACCAAAGAUGCAGAGAAGCUUUCCUCGUGAACAGUGAUUUAACAUUACGUGCUCAGUUAACAGAAUUCAGAGAUCAUAAGCUGAUCAAGUCCAAAAAGGGUUUUGAAGGAAUUGAAUACCUUGUAAUCCCAGUGGACAAUGCUACACUAACAGAGUUCAUAGAACAGCAUGAUAGUAAUGUGUAACUGAAAGCUGGACUUCAAUUGUGAUUCAGUUCAUCCCAACAAACAUAACAUUGACAAUAAAUUUGGUGCAGUUGUAUGUCAAAUUAAUAUAUGUGUUUAAUAUUGAACAUUGUUAUUUGCAAAAAAAAUUGUAAUUAACUUAUUGGAAUUGAAAAAUAAAUUUAGGA